AUCAAUCUUCAAAUGAAGAUUUACAAGGACUUUAAGUUCUACUUUAGCUCGGAUAUAGGUGUAAAGUACAAGAUAAAGAUAUGUUCACUAAAGGGCAAGCGACAUAAGGAGAAUGCACCAGAGACUGUAAUGAAAUGGAUUGAUGAUCCUUAUCUCAAGAACUCAUCAUUGUACAAAGAUAAGACAUUGGAUCUAUAUAUCACUUGUACAUUAUAUAGCGAUGGCAAACCAUUAUGCUCACCAGAACAGACUAUGUUCUUCUUGUUCACACCAGGCGAGAAUAGAUGGGACGAGACAAUGACGAUGCCCAUCAAGCAUAAGGACCUACCCUUUGACACAUUGAUGGUGUUCACCAUAUGGGAUAUAUAUGCACCAAAUAAGAAGGUGCCAAUCGGUGGCACUUCAUUCUCAGUGUUUAGCAGGAGUCGUAUCGAGCGCAGAGGCAAACACAAGUUGCUGGUCUGGCAAGACGUCGAGGGCAAUGGAGACAACCCAUCAACUACACCAGGCAAGAUUCAAGGCAAGGAUGAAGUGUAUCGUUUGGAGAAGUUGUUGAAGAAGUAUGAUCGCAACUUGGUGCCACACAAUGAUUGGUUGGACAGCUAUGCAUUGAAGGAGAUUGAGAAGAUCAGUAGGAGUGGCGAGCAAUUGAACAAGGACACGUUGUACCUGACGAUUGAGCUGCCAGAGCUGGAGCUGCCCAUCUUAUUCAAACAACAGGCAUGCCAACUUUACAAGCCCAUCACGACACAGAAGAGGAGUUUGGUGCUGAUCAACGACGUCGAGAUGAACGAUCAUCCAUGUGAGCAGAAGUACUAUCGUCUCAACUCUUACGACAAGGAUGACAAGGAUCACAAGGACCUCAAGCCCAACCAAUUGGAGUUCAAGAGCCUCACUAAACUACUCAAGACACCUCCCAACACUCAAUUCGCUCCAAAGGACUCAUUCCUCAUCUGGAAGUUCCGCUACCAUCUAUCCAAUAACAAGAAAGCAUUGACCAAGUUCUUGCGAUGUGUCGAAUGGAAUGAAGCACACCAGAGGAGUGAGGCCCUCUCUAUCCUGCCCAAGUGGGACCCGAUUGACGUUGCCGACGCCCUCGAGCUGCUGUCAUCGACCUUCUCACACAAGAAUACACUCAACGUGCGCAAGUAUGCAGUGGACAUCCUGCGCAAGGCCGUGGACGAGGAGCUGCUCUACUACCUGCUGCAGCUGGUGCAGGCCACCAAGUACGAGCCAGUCAACUUUGCCGAGUCGCCACUCAUCUCAUUCCUGAUGGAGAAGGCUGCCAAGAGCUUUGUCUUUGCCAACUACCUCUACUGGUAUCUCACUGUGGACUCUGUACUCAAGAAGAGCUUCUUCUGUCAGCACUACGUGACACUGGGUGAUGAGCUUCAGCGCCAUCUGCCAUCAACCGAUCGCAACACACUGACACGCCAGGCACAUUUUGUUCGCCGUCUCUCCGAGCUGUCCGCCGAGCUCAAGGCCAUGCCAGGCUCUUUAGCGAAAAAAAAAGACAAGCUCAAGUCGAUGCUGACAGACGGUGACUACAAGGACCUGUCUGACUUCCCGCCCCUGAUUCUCCCGCUUAACCCCAACAUCGAGGUGAUGGGUAUCAUCCCCGAGAAGUCCAUCAUCUUCAAGAGCGCCAAGCAGCCAUUGGGCCUCCGUCUGCGCACCAAACACGGUCCAGACUAUGGUAUCAUCUUCAAGACGGGCGAUGACCUGCGUCAGGACCAGCUCAUCAUCCAGAUGAUCAGUCUCAUGGACCGUUUGCUAAAGAAGGAGAACCUGGACCUCAAGCUCACGCCCUACAAUGUGCUGGCCACCGCUGAGGAGGAUGGUAUCGUCGAGUUGGUGUCGCCCUCCGAGGCCAUGGCAGCAGUGAUUGGCGAAUAUGGUGGCGAGAUCCUCAAGUACUUCAAGAGCCAUCAUCCAGACCCAGAAGCGCCACUUGGUGUCGCGCCAGAGGUACUCGAGACCUUUGUAAAGAGUUGUGCAGGAUACUGUGUGAUCACCUAUAUACUUGGCAUUGGCGAUCGUCAUUUGGACAACCUGUUGCUGACGCCCAACGGCAACCUCUUCCACAUCGACUUUGGCUACAUCCUGGGCAAGGACCCCAAGAUCUUCCCGCCACCCAUGAAGCUGUGCAAGGAGAUGGUCAUUGGCAUGGGUGGCGAGGGCAGCAAGCAGUACGAGAAGUUCAAACAGUACUGCUGCGAAGCAUAUCUCAUUCUGCGCAAGUCUUCACAUCUCAUUAUCAAUCUGUUUGCGCUGAUGAUCGAUGCCAACAUUCCAACGAUCAGUGAGGAGCGCGAGAAGAGUAUACUCAAGGUGCAGGAGAAGCUGCAACUGGAGCUGACGGACCAGGAGGCCUCCAACUCGUUGCUGCAGCUACUCAACGAUUCGGUCAGUGCUCUGUUCCCCGUUGUCGUUGAGAUCGUUCACAAAUGGUCGCAGUACUGGAGG